CCAGAAGGAACUAAAGGAUCUUCAGCUGUGAGCACUGCACUGAGAGACAAAAUGGCUUCCAGGCUGGAGGAGGACCUGACUUGUUACAUUUGCCAUGAUCUCUUCAAAGAUCCUCUGGUUCUGUUCUGCAGCCACAGCUUCUGUAAAGAGUGUCUGGAGAAUUGGUGGAAGGACAAACCCAUAAAGACUUGUCCAGUUUGUAAGAGAAGGUCCUCAAAAGAGGCUCCCCUGAACCUGUCCCUGAGGAACCUGGUGCAGAAGUAUGAAGAGGAGAAAGAGCGAAGCACUGCAGAGCAGAAAGAGCAGAGAGAGCAGAGAGAGCAGCAAGAGCAGAGAGAGCAGAGAGAGCAGAGAGAGCAGAGCGCUGCAGAGCCUCCUCUGUGCACACUUCACUCAGAGAAGCUCCGACUCUUCUGUCUGGACCAUCAGCAGCCAGUGUGCCUGGUCUGCAAAGACUCCAAGGAUCACAUAGACCACAGCUUUAUUCCCAUCGAGGAGCUGGCUGAGGAUCUGAGAGAGCAGCUGAGGACGUCCAUCAAGCCUCUGCAGGACAAACUACAGGCUCUGACUGGGAGGAAACAGCAGUUUGAAGAUGCGGCGGCUUACAUCACAGUCCAGGCCCAACACACAGAGGCACAGAUCCGAGAACAGUUUAAGAAAAUGCACCAGUUUCUGUUGGAGGAAGAACAGACCAGGAUGAAGGCUCUGAGGGAGGAGGAGAAGCAGAAGACUCAGAGCAUGAAAGACAAGAUGGCCGCCGUGUGCAGAGACAUGGAGACUGUGUCCAAAACCAUCGCAGAGACAGAGAAGCAGCUGAGGGCCACAGACACCUCCUUCCUGCUACAGUACAGGUCCACUGUGGAGAUAAUGCAACGCUGCCCCCUGGUGGAGGAGCCAAAGAUGGAACGUGACGCUUUGAUAGACCAGGCCGAACAUCUGGGCAACCUGGGCUUCUACAUCCUGAGGAACAUGGAGAAACGGGUGAGGUUCUACCCUGUCGUUCUGGAUCCAAACACUGCAGACCCUGAACUCAUCCUGUCUGAAGAUCUGAGCUCAGCGAGGCGUGGAGAGAGACAGAGGCUUCCACAGAAUCCAGAGAGACUCAAUGAUCAGCGUGUAGAAAGCUCUUUAGCGUUUAUAUCAGGGACUCACAGCUGGAACGUGGAGGUCGGGGAAAAUAAAGACUGGGAUGUCGGAGUGAGAGGGUGGGUUCAGAGAGGCCAAGAAACUGAGGUUGGAGUUUGGUGCAUUUGUUUCUUUGAAGAUAGAUACCAAGCCUAUUCUCACCCAGACACAGUUAUGGCACUGUCUGUGAGGAGGAGGCUGCAGAGAGUCAGAGUGAUGCUCGACUUUGACAGAGCAACAGUGACCUUUAGUGACCCCGACACAAACAUUGACCUGCUCACCUUCACAGACAUUUUCACUGGUGAGCUGACUCCACUUUUAAGCACAAGGGAUAAGACGCCUCUGAAGAUUUUACCAAAGGACGUCACUGCACAAGUGUAGGUCUGGAUCUGACUUCUUAAUGUCCUUUUAGGUGAAUGACUCUUUUUUUAAGAUGAAUAUGAGCAUAUCGUUUCCUAUUAUGGAGUAAAAGAAUUAUUCCUUUUACUAUGGAGCCCAGGAACUAAAAACCCAGGUAUUUUAUUCACCCACAUUUAAUCGACCUCACCUGCAUCGCCUGCUCUGAUUGGCCAGAGCACAGAGAAUAUGUGGAUUGUGGUUUAAAACUAGGGCUGCAACAAGUCAAUCAAGUAAUCACCAA